UCUCCAGUUUAUGUACUGUUUGCUAUCUUGGAUCACAUUUGUUUUUUUUUGUUUUUUGUUUUUUCCCAGUUCCUAGUCUUGCCUUGUUUCCAGAGUUUACCCUGUUUUGUAAUUUGAUUUAUUUUCUAUUAAAUUUUAAGCAGCAUCUAGAUCCUGCUCUCGUGACUUCUUUCAAACGUUACAGAACAACUGACCAAAUGGAUCUAGCGGCUUUGUUUCUUCAAUUGAGCCAGACGGAUUUACCCAUAAGGGAAUACUCCCUUCGUUUCAGCGCCAUUGCCAGCUUUACAGGAUUUGCAGACUCCCACUUUAAUUCGAUUUACGGGAUUGGACUAUUAGCUCACCGGUGGAGGGAAUUGCCGGAGACGGGAGACUACACAUGGGAGGAAUACGUUAAGUAUUUGUUAACGCUAGAAACUCUGGCUUCAGAGGAUCCUCCUGUCCCUACCCCGAUCCUGGCUUCCAAGCCUUCCACACCUGAGUCGGCUCCACGCCUUGUCACAGCCACGCCUGAGUCGGCUCCAUGCCUUGUCACAGCCACGCCUGAGUUGGCUCCAUGCCUUGUCACAGCCAUGCCUGAGUCGGCUCCACGCCUUGUCACAGCCACGCCUGAGUCUGCUCCACGCCAUACCACAGCCAAAUCUCAGUCUGCUCCACGCCAGGUCACAGCCACGCCUGAGUCUGCAACAUGCCAUGUCAUAGCCAAGCCUCCCUCGGCUCCUUGCUCCAAGCCUCCCUCGGUUCCUUGCUCCAAGCCUCCCAUGGCCCUGUCUCCAAGCCUUCCACGGCCCCUGUCUCCAAGUUGAAUGAUCACCCACUGAUGUCGGUGCGUAGGGCCAUGAAGACCCUUCCUCACAAAUUAUCAGUGCCCACGCUUGCCACAGCCAACGAGUCAACGCCCACGCUUGCCAUGGCCAACGAGCCAACGCCCACGCCUGUCACGGCCAACGAGCUGGAAGUCUCGUCCGUCCCAGAGCCUGUGUUGCCAGCCUCAUCCGUCCCAGAGCCAGCAUUGGCGUUCCUGAGUCUCGCUCCUCGAGCCUGCCACGGCUCCACCUUCCACGGCUUUGCCCCUCGAGCCUGCCACAGCUCCGCCUACCAUGGCUUCGCACCUCGAGCCUCCUACGGCUCCACCUUCCACGGCUCUGCCCUCAGAGUCUUCCACGGCUCCAGUCUCUAGUCUGUGGCUGCCUCCCAGGCCUGCUGGCCCUGUUUCAGCCCUGUGGCCACCAACUAGGCAUCCUGAUCCAGUCCCUACCCUGAGGUGGUCUCCUGUGUCUCCUGGCCGUCGGCCUGAUCUGCUCUGGUCUCCUUAGUCUCAUGGCCGUCCGCCUGAUCUGCCCUGGUCUCCUUGGUCUCAUGGCCAUCUGCCUGAUCUGCCCUGGUCUACUUGGUCUCCUGGCCGUCCGCCUGAUCUGCCCUGGUCUACUUGGUCUCCUGGCCGUCUGCCUGAUCUGCUCUGGCCUCUUUGGUCUCUGGCUCCAUCUUGGCCCUGCCUCCCUUACCAUCCUUCCUUGGGCAUCAGGAG